GGCACCCACCCUUGCAUUCUGGGACAUGUAGUCCAGAGCUCGUAAACUCGUGUAGUCCCAUAUACUGCAGCUACAGUAAGGCCUCGCUGUAAAGGUUUACCCGCGGAAUUCUGGGAAAUGUGGUCCAGGAGUUCCGGAUUAGUCGCAGGCACUUCCGCCCCAGGAGGACACGUAGCAGCCAUGUUUUGCUUGCUGACGGUGUUUCAGGUCCGCUCUUCACGACCCAUUCAAGCUUCCCCGACAUGCGCCUGGGGCCAACCUUUGCAGACCUUUCAUUUGGGGAGAAAGAGGAGGAGCGGCUAAGAGCGGAGCCCUGGCUUCUCAAAAAGCACUGCACGGAGGAAGAGGCAACAGAGCCCCACGACUCUGCACUUCCCCAGAAGGAGAGAGAAAAUGAGCACAUUCCAGGAGGCGGUGACCUUCAAGGACGUGGCCGUGGCCUUCACAGAGGAGGAGCUGGGGCUGCUGGACUCGGCCCGGAGGAAGCUGUACCAGGAUGUGAUGGUGGAAAACUUCCGGAACCUGGUCUCAGUGGCCCUGGCUUCUCAAAAAGCACUGCACGGAGGAAGAGGCAACAGAGCCCCACGACUCUGCACUUCCCCAGAAGGAGAGAGAAAAUGAGCACAUUCCAGGAGGCGGUGACCUUCAAGGACGUGGCCGUGGCCUUCACAGAGGAGGAGCUGGGGCUGCUGGACUCGGCCCAGAGGAAGCUGUACCAGGAUGUGAUGGUGGAAAACUUCCGGAACCUGGUCUCAGUGGAAGAAAACAAUCAAAGUGAGUUGAGGGCCGUUCAAGACAGAGGAUCACGUGAAGAGCUUUCCUGCUGGCAAAUCGGGCAACAAAUGGCAAAUGACUUAACCAGAUGCCAAGACUCCAUGAUAAAUAGUUGUCAGUUCCACAAACAAGGUGAUUCCCCCUGCCAGAUUGGGCAGGACUCUAUUCAAAUUUCUGAAGAUGAGAACCGUAUAUUAAAUGAUAAAGCAGGUGAUCCCAGUAGUACUGGAAAUCCAAGGUUUGCAACUUUGAGAGCCCAGGAUUCUUGGAGGAAAACUUCAUUGACUGAGUCACAGAAUUAUCAGAAUAGACACCAGCAAAUUUCCAUGAAAAAUAAACUGUGUCAGUGUAAAGAGGAUGUUGACACCAUCAGUUGGAUUUCACAUCACCUUGAUGCUCAUGGAGUACACAAGGGUCAAAAAUCUUACGGCUACAGUGAUUAUAGAAAAGAUAGCACGAGGGUUUCAACACUGGAUCAGAAUACUAUGAUUCACACAGGACAAAAACCUUACCAGUGUAAUGAAUGUAAAGAAACCUUCACCGAUCUCUCCAUCUUUGAUCUUCACCAGCAAUUACACUCAAAAGAGAAGUCUCAUACGUGCAGUGAGUGUGGAAAAGGCUUCCGUUACAGCUCGGUUCUUCAUAUUCAUCAGAGAGUUCACGUGGGAGGAAAACACAGUGAGUGUGAUGAGUGUGGCGAGGAGUUCAGUCAGAGCUCACAGCUGCAGACUCCUCAGAAAGUCCACACUGUAGAGAAACCAUUCAAAUGUGGGGAAUGUGGGAAAGGCUUCAGUCGUAGGUCAGCACUUACUAUUCAUUGUAAAGUCCACACGGGAGAGAAACCUUAUAAUUGUGAGGAGUGUGGGAGGGCCUUCAGUCAGGCCUCUCACCUUCAGGACCAUCAGAGAGUCCACACUGGGGAGAAACCAUUCAAAUGUGACACAUGUGAUAAGAGCUUCAGUCGGAAUUCACACCUUCAGUCCCAUCAGAGAGUCCAUACGGCAGAGAAACCAUACAAAUGUGAGGAGUGUGGGAAGGGCUUCAUUUGUAGCUCAAAUCUAUACAUUCAUCAGAGGGUCCACAUAGGAGAAAAACCCUACAAAUGUGAGGAAUGUGGGAAAGGCUUUAGUCGGCCUUCAAGUCUUCAGGCCCAUCAGGGAGUCCACACUGGAGAGAAAUCAUACAUAUGUAAUGUGUGUGGGAAAGGCUUUAGUCGGCCUUCAAGUCUUCAGGCCCAUCAGGGAGUCCACACUGGAGAGAAAUCAUACAUAUGUAAUGUGUGUGGUAAAGGCUUUACUCUGAGUUCAAACCUUCAGGCACAUCAAAGAGUCCAUACAGGAGAGAAACCAUACAAAUGUAAUGAGUGUGGGAAGAGCUUCAGGAGGAACUCCCAUUAUCAAGUUCAUCUGGUUGUCCACACAGGGGAGAAGCCCUAUAAAUGUGAGGUAUGUGGGAAGGGCUUCAGUCAGAGUUCAUAUCUUCAAAUCCAUCAGAAGGCCCACAGUGUAGAGAAACCUUACAAGUGUGAGGAGUGUGGGCAGGGCUUCCAUCAGAGUUCACGACUUCAGAUCCACCAGCUGAUCCAUACCGGUGAGAAACCAUACAGAUGUGAAGAGUGUGGGAAGGGAUUCAGUCGUAGAGCAGAUCUUAAAAUUCAUUGCAGAAUCCACACCGGAGAGAAACGGUAUAAUUGUGAGGAGUGUGGGAAAGUCUUCAGGCAGGCCUCAAAUCUUCUGGCCCAUGAGAGAGUCCAGAGCAGAGAAAAACCAUUCAAAUGUGAAGAGUGUGGGAAGAGCUUUGGUCGGAGUUCACACCUUCAAGCCCAUCAAAAAGUCCACACUGGAGAAAAGCCAUACAAAUGUGAGGAGUGUGGGAAGGGCUUCAAGUGGAGCCUGAACCUCGCCAUGCAUCAGAGGGUCCACACAGGAGAGAAACCAUAUAAGUGUGGGGAGUGUGGGAAGCACUUCAUUCAGGCCUCAGGUCUUCAGCUUCAUCAAAGCGUCCACACUGGAGAGAAGCCGUACAGAUGUGACAGAUGCAGUAAGGUUUUCAGUCGGUCUUCACAGCUACAGUCUCAUCAAAGAGUGCACACAGGGGAGAAGCCUUACAAGUGUGAGACCUGUGGUAAGAGCUUCAGUUGGCGCUCCAAUCUAACAGUUCAUCACAGAAUCCAUGCUGCUGAUAAAUCCUAUAAAAGUGAUAGGAGUGGUAAGACCAUCAGAGAGCCCACACACGAAAAAAGUUCCAUAAAAUGAUUAAAACAAAAACAAAAACAACUCAGGUGUCAUGUGAAUUCUUCCAGUCAUCAAGUUCAAAAGAAAAAAAAAUCAUUUGUUUCAUUAAAGUCGGUGUUUCAGCCAUAGCUCAACAUGUCCCAGUAGUCAGGAGGCCACACGGCAGAGAACUCUGGUAAAUGGUGUAGUAAGUUUGAACUUUGACCUCUAUUAAAUGUUAGGGGAGAAGCCUUAGUGUGAGUUUUAGCAGGCCUUGUACAAAAGUAUGAUGAACAUGGCAAAAUUUAUGCCCAUUACAACGUAAAUUCCACGAAUGCAGCGACGUUUGUUCUGAAUCUACAGUCUGAACAUUGUCAGCUACUUUGUAGGUGCUCGAUAUUUGUUCAGUUAAUGAAUGAGGAAAAACUUUUUGAAAAUUAUGUUGCAGUCCCCUCCAGAAUUUCAUAAAAAUUUGUAUUCAGAGCAGUUAACCUAAAUCUGGCCUUAAAAGUAAUUCAGGGAGACAAAAAUUUGAAGUGUUAGAAAACCACUCAGUAUUGCAAUUUGUAAUAUUAAUGUGGCAUCGUCCUGUUAUGAUUAGCUCCAUUUGUCUCCCCCCAGCCUCGCUU